AUGAAUGUGACUGUCGAGAGGGCUUAUGAAUGGCGUAAAGGACAAGUACACUCAUGGCGUGGAGCAAGGACCAAAGUUGAGGAAGAGGAAGAGGAAGAGGAAGAGGAAGAGGAAGAGGAAGAGGAAGAGGAAGAGGAAGAGGGAGAAGACGAAGAAGACAUCGAACAAGACCACGAGAGGAGAGGAGGGCAGAGGAGGCUUUCUCGCACAAGGAAUGGGACCUACCUGCUCACGCUCUCCUCUGACAUUCACCUAUUUCCAAGGUUCGCUCAGGAUUGA